AUCCAGCCGCCGCGGCGCUCUCCCUGCAGAGGAGGACUCAGGACUACCCCUUGCGUGAGACGGAUGGAGACCGAGCCCCUCCGAGGACUUGCCCCAGCGGUUCUGGCUCGCGCGGCUCAAGUCACCACCGUGAACAAGGGACCCUAAAGAAUGGCCGAGCCUUGGGGGAACGAGUUGGCGUCCGCAGCUGCCAGGGGGGACCUAGAGCAACUUACUAGUUUGUUGCAAAAUAAUGUAAACGUCAAUGCACAAAAUGGAUUUGGAAGGACUGCGCUGCAGGUUAUGAAACUUGGAAAUCCCGAGAUUGCCAGGAGACUACUACUUAGAGGUGCUAAUCCCGAUUUGAAAGACCGAACUGGUUUCGCUGUCAUUCACGAUGCAGCCAGAGCAGGUUUCCUGGACACUUUACAGACUUUGCUGGAGUUUCAAGCUGAUGUUAACAUCGAGGAUAAUGAAGGGAACCUGCCCUUGCACUUGGCUGCCAAAGAAGGCCACCUCCCUGUGGUGGAGUUCCUUGUGAAGCACACGGCCACCAAAGUGGGGCAUCGGAACCAUAAGGGGGACACCGCCUGUGACUUGGCCAGGCUCUACCGGAGGAACGAGGUCGUUAGCCUGAUGGAGGGAAACCAGGCAGAGGGAGCUUCGAAUUUGCAAUGAAUAUGGGGAGGGCUCUCCCACAGUGCCUUCUAUUUUGUCAGUUAACUGGUUGGCUGUCCUAUUUUACUAUCACUUGUUAAAAUUCAGUUUUGUCAUACUUUAAGCAACUAGUUAAAUCUUCUCAAACUGCUAAGUGGAAAUCUUAUUACAGGUUUAUGAAUAUAUUUAAGCAACAUCUUUUUCACCUGCAAAAUCCUGAGUUCUAACAUGUAAUUGCAAAUAGCUUUGGUUUUCUCCUGAAUAUGUUAUCUUUCCUUGACUUUUUCCUUGCUUCUCCCUUUGCCAGUCUCAAAACCCAACUUAAGAGACUUUGUUUUUAAAAUGGUUUGUCCUGACUCUUCUUUUGCCUAAUUAAACACUUUUUCAAAACAGGA